UACUUACCGGUUUGCAAUUGCUUCCUGUUAGAAUAGUGUAGUUUGUACCAUGGGGGUUAAUGUGAUUUUGUGUCACUGCAUAAGGAGUUGGAAGCAGUUGCUGGAGAAAUAAGUUUAGGCUUAGGCGUUACGGACUAGGUGGGCCAUGUCACGACGGGCUUUGCGCAGAUUAAGAGGUGAACAAAAGGGGCAACAGCCUCUGGUUCCAUUGGACUUACCAGUUGGGGAACCAGAGGAGGGUGACGAAGAAGAGCCUUUGGGGUCGGAAGCUCCCGUGGAGGCAUUGGCAGGCAGCAGCAGAAGGCAGAAGAAGAAGAACCAGCGUUCGCAGGACUUACUGCCUCAGCGGGGUAUCAACAAUCUGUAUGAGCUGAUAAAGGAUGUAGAUGCUGAAAACACUGAGGUGUCUGACCUGGUUACUGAGCAUGAUGUUAGAGACCCCAAACUAAAUUUGCUUGACAGCAAACAAAGUAAUGGAAGUACUGAAAAUGGAGAGGUCGGAAAGAAAGUUUUUGAAGAUGAGCUUUCUAAUUGUGCAAAUGAUGAACAGCUGAAUUGUGCCAACAAGCAUCGGAAGAAAAAAAAGAGAAAGAAAAAUAAGAAGAACCCAGCAGGAGAUGUUCAGGAAGAAGCCGAGAGUGAAAAUAUUGACCGUCUUCUAGAGAAGAUCACCAAUGGACUAGUUUGCCAAACGGAAUGCACCUUUAACUCUGACAGCAGGCCGCUGCUAUAUGUUGAGCAUAGAAACCUGAAUCCUGAAACUGAGCUAAAGAGGUACUUUGGAGCUAGAGCAGUCCUUGGGGAGCAGAGGCCAAGACAAAGACAGCGUCAGUCACUGCGCAGCAUUUGGUUGACAGCUGUGAGAGAGAACUGGCCACGCUACAGCAAAACAGGUCUUUCAAUGCGUUUGCUGGAGACAAAGUCAGGGAUUCAGUAUUUUACAUUUGAGCACAACCGGGACUACCAGCAAGUUCAGUUCAAGUUUCUAGAAGCUGUGGAUUCCAUGGACCCCCACAAUAUUGUGGUUCUGCUGCAAAUGAAUCCCUAUCACAUUGACUCACUGCUGCAGCUUAGUGAUCUUUGCAGAAUCCAGGAGGAUCAGGAAAUGUCCCGUGAUCUUAUUGAGCGAGCCCUUUAUAGUUUUGAAUGUGCGUUUCAUCCAGUGUUCAGUCUGACAAGUGGAUCCUGUAGACUGAAUUACCGUCGACCUGAGAAUAGAGGUUUUUUCUUGGCCCUGUACCGUCACAUGUGGUUCCUAGAGAAAAGGGGAUGCCCACGCACUGCCUUGGAAUUCUGUAAACUUGUUAUGAGCUUGGAUCCUGAUUAUGACCCACUGUGCAUGCUACUGCUGAUUGAUUUCCUGUCACUUCGAGCAAGAGAGUACGCAUUCCUGUUGCGCAUGUUCGAAGAGUGGGAGACACACAAGAACUUGUCACAACUUCCUAAUUUCGCCUUUUCGGUACCGUUGGCUUGUUUCCUCCUGUGUCAGCAAGAGGAUCUCCCUGUGACUGAACAAGAGCAGUUGCGAAGUAAAGCUGAUCACAUGAUACAAACGGCUCUAAUUAUGUUUCCCAGUGUGUUGAUGCCCUUGCUGGAUUGUUGUGGAGUACAACCAGAUCCAUCAGUCUCAUCCCAUCCUUUCUGGGCACUCCAGGUGCAAAUAAGCCAACCUCCUGCCCUGGGCCAACUAAUUUCAUUGUAUGUUGAAAGAACUCACACCCUCUGGAAAGAUGUUGCUGUUAUGUCUUGGCUGGAAAAUAAUGUUAAGGCAGUUAUAAGGAGACUAGCUGACAAUGAUCCACUGGUGGAGGAAUCCAAGAGAAGCCGUAGGCUACGUUAUCAAAGUGCUCCAAGGAAUAUCCAUCGGCACAUAAUCUUGUCAGAGAUUCAAGAGGCUAUAGCAGCUUUGCCUUUGGAAGUGACAUUGCAACCACUGAUGGGUUUUGAUCCUUUGCCUCCUUUGGACUCCGUUGUGUCAUACACCAGACCAGAAAGAAGGAGCACAGAAUCAAGAGAAAACACAUUAUCUCUGUUUUUGCGAUCACUUCUUCCUAAUUUUCAGAGCCUACAGGCAGCACCACUGCCUAGGCUUGAAGAAGAAGAGGCAGCAGCAGGUGAUGAUGCAUUAGGUGGUGCUAGGAGGGAACUGAACCAAGGUGUAAACAGACUUAUGGCUGCAAUGAGGGACAUGCUUGCCAAUAUCCAAUUUCAGGAACCACCUCGGGAAGAUAAUCCAGAUGAAGAUGAAGAAGAAUGGGACUAAAACUGAUAUUUUUUUAGUUCGAAGCAUUAAUUUGCUUCAUUUAAAUUUUUGCAUAUGGUGUGCACUGUGUCCCCAACUGAUGUUAUUUGAAGAGGAUUUCAUGGUUUGGAAAAAAACUGCAGCAUAUAAAGUACACAGUGCCUUAAUAACUAAGCAGAUAAAGUUUGACAGGAUGUAUCCAUUAUUUUUCCGGUAAUCUCUCUCCUCUGAAAAGUAUUUUUGAAGAUUUUUUUUUUUUUUUGGGGGGAGUGCUUGAAGCAACUGAUGAAAGACUUUUAAUUGCAAAAUGUAAGUUUUCUGAACACUGAAAGGGUUUGUUCUCAGGGAUUUAUCCAGAUGAGAAAUACAAACAAGAUAUGCUUGCAGGACAAGAUGGCAUAUCCUUCUAAUUUAUGCCUAUUUUGGUUACUUUACCAUAUGACAGUACAUCUGUUUGAAAUUUCAUUCAGCUUGGCCUCCUGCUUGCUCACUAGCCUUUGCUUCCUUUAAAUUUACCUAAUGUUGCGUCUGUACCAGAAUGAUGCUAUUUGACCCGUCUGUAUUAUUCACUAGUUAAUGGUUUCUUUAAGGCAGCACUAACUCAGAGGCAUCAUGCUGGACCUACAGAAUUGCACUGAUGGGCAUUUGUGUCUCAUUUGUAAGUGUAUUUAUCAGUAGAAACAAACCGCCAGUCACUUGAGAGAAAAGUGCUACAUAAUCAGCUGUUCCCAAGCCCACUACCAGAAAUUAUUGUGGAUUUGCAGACACAUGUCCAAGUCUGCUAAGUAUAUCCUUCUUGGUGAUGUGAGCUGAGUGAAUUCAUGCAGACAGGUUGUCCACUCCUUGCUGUGCUUGCAGUUGGAGAUGUAUGGAAAUUGCAUCCUGAAAAGGCAGCUCCUACUUUGGGGAGGGUGGUUGUAACAGAAAAUAAAUUAAUUUACUAGCCUGUGUUUGGGUGCUCCAUCAACUUCUUCCAAAGGAUCUUCCAUGCCUGCAAAGGCUGAUUCUGUUUUCAUGCCCAGGAAAGUACUUAUGUAAGUCGAAGGAAGCAGCCAUAUAUUCUUCAUUUUUUCUCCCCACUGAGUAACUGAUGUGCUUGGCUGCAUUUAGAUCUGGUUAUCUACAUAUUAGUCACAUGGUACUGGCGUAACCUUUUGUUAUGAAACAUUAGCAUUAUCCUCCCUUGUCAGUGAAUAAAUGUGUUACUGAUGGACAAAUAUCCUUUAUGCAUUUCUACACAAGUUGUUUUGUUUAGGGCCCGACCAUAGCACUGAAAACUGUUCAAAAUUUAGCAGUCAACAGACUUAGGAGGCAAAAGAAAAUGGAAGAGGCUUGAGAAACGUACAAAAAAUAAUGCAUCAUUAUAAGCAAGGUAAAUUACUUGAGUACAAAUAGAUGAGAGAAAUUGCAAAAUAUUUGUUGAGGGAGAGAGAGAGAUGCUGAGAAGAAGAAUAAACUUAGCUAAGUCCUUACUCAUUUCUGUUGAGGAAAGGGCUUCAACAUUAUCGGUUCCCUGGGCAGGGUCAAUAAAGACCGUCACAAAGCAACAAGUGAUGUGCACCCUUCUUUAAAUGAAAAAGGCCAUUUUUAUGUUGGUUUCCCACUGAAGAAUCAAAAAUUAAAGGCUUCACCUUACCAAUGAAUCCACAUGCAAAUGUUUCAGGGAUAAUGGAUAACUGAAUAAUGCAAAUAAGUUAAGCAGUAAUGUAAAUACUGUGUAGUAUUAGUUAAUACUUUAUUUCCUUGGUUUAACUGUUAAAUAUUUGCAUCUCUAUUUUCUUACUGUAAUUGUGCUACCAUUGAUAUAUUGUACUUAGAAUUGUUAAUCAUUUGAAUGUACGUCUUUGCUCCUUGCUAACCCUGGUUGUGGUUGAAAAGUGUGAGUAGACAACCCCACUUACCCAGACACCAAAUGCAAGUAAAUAAGGUGAUUCUGCAAGUACAGGAGGUUCAGCAGACAGAUGUGGAGUACAUGAUAUGAUAAAAUCCUAAGAGGCAUCUUACUCGAGUCUUUUUAAAGAACGGUUCAUUCUACCACUGCCACAGCUGUACUGGUUUUCAGUCAUGAAUUCAUCUAGGCUUUGACUACAGACUUCCUGCAAAGAACAUUAGUAGUUCAAGAAACUCCUUUAUCACAGCAGUGACUGAUGUUGGUAUCUUAACUUGACCAACAGAUGUUUAUGGUUAAAUCUGAUGUGCAAGAACCUGUGCCAGUGUCUGCAAAAGUGUAUGAAGAGAAUAUAAGUAUACCAGAUGUAUUUUGUGGAAAAAAAAAAUUUAUAGUCUCACAGUGA